AUGACAGGGUCUUCCAUCACUUCUUUAACCAUCUGGUCCGUCAUCUUCUAUUACUUCUUGACUCUGUCAUCUCCUACGCAGAAGCGACGGCCGCCGCUUCCGCAACGUCCGUACUCUCAUGACAGGGUCUUCCAUCACUUCUUCAACCAUCUGGUCCGCCAUCUUCAAUUACAUCUUGACCCUGUCAUCUCCUACGCAGAAGCGACGGCCGCCGCUUCCGCAACGGCCUCUUCUGUCACUUUUUCAAACAUUCAGCUAAUCAUAAGCAAUCAGAGCGUUGGACGAUUGGCUGCUCGUAUCGGAGCUGUGUUCUGGCAUG